AUGUCUAAGAUAGACCCGGCCUGUAUCGUCAACUCUCACACGGAGUGGGACCCGCUGGAGGAGGUGAUCGUCGGGCGUGUCGACGACGCGACUAUCCCUGAGUGGCACGUAUCGGGCAAGGCUGUGUGGCCCGCCAAACAUUGGGGAAUGUACAAGGAACACGCUGGAGAAUCGUUCCCCAGGGAGCUCGUAAUGAAAGCCUCGGAGGAGCUUGACAACUUUUCGCAAGUUCUUGAGAUGGAGGGCGUUACCGUGCGCAGGCCGGAGGUACGCCCGGGAGACUUCGAUAGACCUGUCAGCACCCCAGACUUCGAAUCCGUGUCGCAGCUGUACGCGGCCAUGCCACGGGAUGUUCUCAUCACGAUCGGCAACGAAAUCAUCGAGGCUCCCAUGGCGUGGCGUUCGCGGUUCUUCGAGUACCGCCCAUUCCGAUCCCUAAUUAAGGACUACUUCCGGCAGGGCGGCGGGUGGACGGCCGCUCCCAAGCCGGAGAUGUCGGACGACUUGUACGUCCCGGAGGACAAGUGGCAGGAGGGCGCGGGAAAGUUCGUUACGACAGAGUACGAACCGGUGUUCGAUGCGGCGGAGUUCACCAGAAUGGGACGCGACAUUUUCGUCCAGAGGAGUCAAGUCACGAACGAUUUUGGCAUCGAGUGGAUGAGGCGUCACCUGGGGGACGAGUACCAGAUCCACGUGCUGGACUUUGAGGACAAGAACGCCAUGCACAUCGACGGGACGUUCAUACCGUUGGGGCCGGGAAAGGUUCUCGUCAACCCGAAGCGACCCUGCAUCACCGGAAACCACAAGUCGUUCUUCACGUACCAGGGCGAGACAAAGGAGUACGCGCUGCCGGACAUGUUCAAGGGAUGGGACAUCUUUGUGGCGGAGUCGCCCGUCCUCCCCGAGUCCCACCCGCUGUACUUCACGAGCCCGUGGACGGCGAGCUGCAACGUUCUCCUGCUGGACGAGAAGCGGGUCGUGUGCGAAGCGUCGGAGGAGCCGACCAUCCGAAAGUUCAAGGAGUGGGGUUUCGACGUCAUCAAGGUGCCCUUUCGUCACUUCUUGCCGUUCGGAGGGUCCUUCCACUGCGCCACGUGCGACGUCCGCCGCACUGGGACCCUCCAGUCAUAUUUCUGA